AUGGGCCCCGGCAGCCUCCCACCACGGGCCCCGGCAGCCUCCCACCACGGGCCCCGGCAGCCUCCCACCAUGGGCCCCGGCAGCCUCCCACCACGGGCCCCGGCAGCCUCCCACCACGGGCCCCGGCAGCCUCCCACCAUGGGCCCCGGCAGCCUCCCACCACGGGCCCCGGCAGCCUCCCACCACGGGCCCCGGCAGCCUCCCACCAUGGGCCCCGGCAGCCUCCCACCACGGGCCCCGGCAGCCUCCCACCACGGGCCCCGGCAGCCUCCCACCACGGGCCCCGGUAGCCUCCCACCAUGGGCCCCGGCAGCCUCCCAUGAGCCCCGGCAGCCUCCCACCAUGGGCCCCGGCAGCCUCCCACCAUGGGCCCCGGCAGCCUCCCACCAUGGGCUCCCACGGGCCCCAGCAGCCUCCCACGGGCCCCGGCAGCCUCCCACCAUGGGCUCCCACGGGCCCCGGCAGCCUCCCAUAAGCCCUGGCAGCCUCCCACGGGCCCCGGCAGCCUCCCACCACGGGCCCCGGCAGCCUCCCACCACGGGCCCCGGCAGCCUCCCACGGGCCCCGGCAGCCUCCCACCAUGGGCUCCCACGGGCCCCGGCAACCUCCCACCCUGGGCCCCGGCAGCCUCCCACGGGCCCCGGCAGCCUCCCCCGGGCCCCGGCAGCCUCCCACUUCCCAAAAUUGAGCUCUGUGUAA